AUGGAGCCAUGUGGGGUUCUGUUGCUUCCUAUCAAAUGUGAGUUUCAUAUCCAUUAUCUCCUCCGUCUCCAUGACAGGUUUGCCAUCAACCUGGGCCGGGAUCGCGACAACCUCCUUCUGCACUUCAACCCUCGCUUUGAUACAAGUGACAUUGUGUGUAAUUACAAGGCGUGUGGAGUGUGGGGUCAGGAGCUGCGAGAGUCGCUGUUCCCUUUCCAACAGGGAGAAGAAGCCAAGAUCUCCAUCUCCUUUGAUGCCAAGGCAGCGACGGUGACGAUGCCAGGAAACAAGGUGAUCAAGUUCCCCAACCAGCUUGGGUUGGAUUCUGUACAUUUCUUCUCGGUGGCUGGAGACUUCAAGAUCAAAUCCGUCAAGUUUCUGAACUUUUAUGCUCCCUUUGCAGCUCUGAACUAA